UUCUUUUCUCUCUCUCUCUCUCUCUCUCCCUCUCUCUCUGUCUCUCUCUCCCUCCCUCUUUCUCUUUCUACUGUGUCUGUCCGUCUGGUCCAUCUCGCGUGUUCGCCGGGUCGGUCGUUAUAUGAUAUGAUAUCGCGAAUAUUUAAGACGUAAGAAGUUUUUUUUUUUUCUUUCCACUUCUUCUCUUCUUCAUUCUUCUCCCACCCUUUCUUUUGUUCGUCAUUUUCUUCUCUCUCCAUUUUUCGGAUUUUCCAUUUUUCGUUUUAACUUUUUUCAAUCAUUCUUCGCACACGUACACCUCACCUAUACGUACACACUCUUGCUCCGCGCGCCAUCGAUUCGAUCGUUGAAAUUUUUCGAUUCCUAUUCCACAUCGGUACGAUUCUCAUCGGAUAACGUGUUUCUCUUUAUCUCGUUUUUCGUCAGCUUCUCUACAUUUUUUUUCUUCGGUUUUUUUCGUUUUUUUUUUUUUAUUCUUCUAACGUGAAUCGCAUACAUCUGCAGUUGCAGCAGCAGCAACAGCGGAAGCUGUAGGUGCGGCACUGACAGCGGCGGAAGAAAGUUUAUCCAUUUUUUCAUCCUCUUUUCAUUUUCCGUACGAUUUUGCCGAAAAUAAGUGGAGAAAAUCGAAGGAAAAUUCGUACAGCGAGUCAAUUUUUCUCGUAUAAAAUAUUAUACACGCCUCAUGCGCUUCGGUGCGAAGUUGAACUCGAAACGGAAGCGAAAAAAAUAAAAUCAAGUAAAAUAGGAAAGGAAAUUGACGAGAAAUAGAGAGGGAAAAAAUGAAUGAAGGACAAAAAAAAAUGGGAAAAAAAGAAAAUAAACUAUAACGAAUAAAUAAAUAAAUCGAUCGAAUAAAUUGUUGGAUAGAUGCGAGGUGGCGAUCCAACGAAGAGAUAUAAAAAAAAGAAGAAGAAGAAGAAAAAGAAAGUGUGUGAAAUUAUUAUAAAUGAAAAGCGAAUGAAAUAAGAAUUUCGAAAAAAAUUAUAAAUAAAAUCGAAAUCGAAAUCGAAAUCAAAAUCAAAAUCAAAAAAAAAAAAAAAAAAGUACAGUAGCCGUGCGUUCGAUGGCAGUGGUGGUGGUUGGGUGGUUGGUGGUGGUAGUUUGUGAGCCUGCAGUUGUGUAUAAAAAGUUACCUCCUUCAAUCUUGCAGCGCGUUGCAAGGUUAUAGUUUGUACGCGAAGUUCCUGCAGUUAGUAGUUAGCAGCAGCAGCAGCAGCCGCCAGCAGCUUCAGCAGCAGCAGCAGAAGCAGAAAGAGAAACGGAAAAGAAAGAAGAAGAAGAAGAAGAAACGAGACGGGAUAGGAGAGAAAAGAAAAAACGGAGAAAACGAAAAUUAAUAAAAAAAAAAACAAACAAACAAACAAAUUUAACCGAGUUGAACAACAACGAAUUAAUAAAAAACGAUAGAAUUAAUAUCGGUAGGAGACCGAGAACUCGGACGAAUCUUCGGAUCUUUCUCGACAUUUUGACGUGCGAUUAUCUUGAAAACUGCAUCGUUCGCCUCGUUUAAUUAUCAUUAAUGUGCGAAAAUUAAUCGAACGUUUAAAAAAAAAAAAAAAAACAAGAAAAUGACGUAGAUCGAGAAACUUACUCUACGAUAAUAUCGGAUGCGUUAUUAUUUUUCGAAAGAUCGAAAUACUAAACGGAUCAUUUUCACGGACAAAUUCAUUUUCAAACGAAGUACGUGUCCGACGCUCUUUUACUCAAAACAGCCACUAAUUAAACUGCAGCGGUGAAGUGAACGGAAAUUGUUAUUAUUUUUUUAAUUCAUUUAUUUUUAUUAUCCUCUCUUUCACCACGAACAUAAUGUGAUGAAAAUUAAUAAAAAUCACCUCCGUCGAUCAACCCACACGUACGGUACAUAUUGAAUACAUCCGAAGAGAAAAAAAACUGAAAUAAAAACCAAAAAGAAAUAAAGAACAUUCGCCAAAGAAUAAUCCUGCGUUACUCGAUCUCGUGUGUAAUUUAUUUAACGCACAAAUUUUUAAUCGUAAUUAUUUUUCGAUCAGAUGUUGAAAUUGAAAAAUAAAAAAAACCAAAAGACUCGAUACACGUAGACAGUGAUAUUGUUUAUCGAAGAGAAAGAAAAAAAGAUCAAUCUUUUUUUUCUUUUUUUUUUUUUUUUUUUUUUUUUUAAGUUCACAGUUACCAAUGGUAAAAUGAAAAAUAAUUGUGACCUGAAAUAAAAUAAUGAGAAUAACGACGGUAAUAAUAAUAUCGAUAUUAACGACACGGUGACAAGUUAAUGACAACAAUAUUUGGAAAGAAAAUAAGAAGCGAACAACAAAAAAAGAAGAAAAAGAAGAAGAAGAAAUCCCGACGUUUCGAACAUCGGAGAAGAGAAAAAACCUACAAUUUUUCAAAUAAAGAAAGUCAAGAGAGGUGGGGGGGGGAGGAAGAGUCGUUGGUUCUUUUUUCACUUCUUCUAACAAUACAACACAAGUGCGUAAAUGCAAGUAAUACCGUUGUUGCAGUUGAAGCCGGUGCGGGAUAGAAAAUUGACGCGGUUGCGAGCGAGGAAAAAUUAAUUUCUCCAUCUCCGAAUCGUUUGACUUGGCUGAAAAUUUUUCAACUUCAAUUUCCACCUUAUUCCCCAAGCGACUGGUGAAUAACGAACGAAUUUUUUUAUUCAAAUCGUCGGAAGUUGAUGAAAAAAUUGCGUGCACCAUUAUAGGCGACGGAAAUCAGAAUCAGAAUCAGAAUCCGAAUCGGAAUCUUAAUCGGAAUCGGAUGUAAUCGAGCGAACCGAGGAGUAAAUUUCGAAAAGAGAGGAGAUAAUCGAAGGCGAAGAAAAGAAGAAAAGGAGAGGCUGCUGCAGCGGCAGCAGGUGCAUUUCUAUCUAUACACACCGAGUGAAAAAAACUGAAACAGUUAAUCGUGAAGAAGGUUUGCCAGUUGACCAUUAAAAUGAACAUCAUCGAUCCUCGAGCAAAACGAGUUUCAGUGAGUUUAGCGAACCGCGCUACGGAGGACGUUAUCAUCGUACCAGUUUGAAAAUAAAACGAUUUAAUACAAUAUACUUUACACGUAUACACACACACACACACACCGUAUACGUACACACCCGCCACACGUUACAUUAUUAUCAUUAUUAUUAAAAACAUCGUAUUGAAGUGCUUCGAACGUUACACAUCGUUUAGGUGUAUAAUAUACGUACACAUUACACGUCUACCCUCUUUUCAUUAUUUUAUUUUAUUUCAUUUCAAUCAUUUUCCUCUCUCUUUUCUUUUCCAUAACCCCCUUUAUUAAUUUAUUUAAUUAAUCGGUAAUUGAUUUCUUUUUUUUCGCAAUUUCUUCUUUUUUUUUCCCAAUCUCAUCCCCGAAACGUCCCUCAAAAGUAUUAUUAUUUCAUACAUAAUUCAUCAGAUCGGUAUACGAUCGGUCGAAAUUUAGAUUUUCAAAAAAAUUAAUUAAGAAAACAGAAAAGAAAGUUCUCAAUAUAAUUUUCAAGCUUUAUUUUCGAAUCGUCGUUAUUACUGUUACUGUUAUUAUUAUCAUUAUAAUUAUUAUUAUAAAAUAAAUAAAUUUUUCGCUCCUCUUCUUCAAUUUAUUUAUUUAUUCGUUCGAGGGUUUUUGCAAAACUGAUUUCUGAACCGAUGUGAAAUUUUUCUUAUUACUUUUGAAAAACUAUUUCGAAUAUUUUUGUUGUUCUUCUCAGAGAAGACGCGCCAAAAGGUACUUUUCAUCGUCAUCGUCGUCGUCAUUGUCAUUAUCGUAGUUUUUUAAAAAAUAUUAUCAUCAUAUAUUAUACUGACGAUAAAAGAAGUGUUUUAUUACAAAGAAAUUGUGAAGGUGAUGUGAUAAUAGAAGAAUUUUUUUUUCUAAUUAAAUAAAUAAUUAAAAAAAUACGAUCAAAUUUGAAAAAUAAAUGAUAAAAAUCGAUCGGAGGAUAAACUGACAUAGCAAAAAAAAAAGAAACCAAAAAAAAAAUAGAGAGAAAGGGAGAGAGAGUAAAAAAAUUUUGUGUAGUAAUGUGUACGAUUGAUAAUAUUGGAAAUAAAAGGUCGAAAGAAAAUUAAAUUUAAAAAAUUAACCCGAAUUGAAAAAGUGACAAACAGUUGAAAAGUGGUAACCGCAGUUGUUGAGUAUACCAGUUUUAAAUCGAUCCAAGGGUAAUAAAAAGUAAGAGUAAAAUUUAAGCGAAAAAAUAUGUCGAGAUUAUUGGUAUUGGGUUUGGUGCUUCUCGGAGCAUUGGACGGUAUAAGUUUGAGCCGAAACAACGACGACAAAUCGUCGUCGAGAAGAACGACUUUGGUAGCGUACGCUGCCGGUAGCUGCAACGCCUGUCGCAUGCACGAAGACAUAAGGGCGUUAAGUCUGCAGGCUAUAAAAGUGCAGAUACUUUCCAAACUUGGAUUAAAACAAGCGCCGAAUAUGACCGGCAGGGCACUGCCGAAAAUACCGCCGAUAUCCAGACUGAUGGACAUGUACGGCAUACAAUCCGAUCAACCGAUCAUGGACCAACUGGAGCCGGGGAUCACCAGACACGAGGAAGUCGACGAGUACGCGGCAAAAACCGAGAACGUCAUCGCCCUGGCGCAACCGCAUCCGCGACUCAGGCACUCCAAGGGCAACCUGGACGUCCUGUACUUCAAAUUUUCCGACAAGAUCGUCCAGCACCGCGUGACGGAGGCGAAAUUGUCCCUCUGGAUCUGGGGUGGCGGCGGCGGCGGCGGCGGCGGCGGCGUCGGCGAAUCUCACGAGAACCCAGGGGACCCGGCGACGAGGUCGGCGGGCUUCCCGGAACAGGAGAACCUCAACAAGGGUCCGAUAACCGUGACGCUGCAGAGGAUAGUGAAGGGCACCGCGGAGAACGGCGGUCCCGUUCUCGGUCCCCCGUUGACCACGAAACACCCGAGACCCGACAGAAACGGCGGCGACUGGAUAGCGAUUGACGUGAAAAAAAUGGUGGCUCACUGGUUCAAACAUCCCCGUGAAAAUUUGGGCGUUGCCGUGAAACUCGCGGGGAGCAACGGGCCUCAGACGCUGCAGCAGCAGCAGCACGUAAGGAGGAGCAAUUUCAAGUUGCUCGAACUUGACCCAGACGCCGAACACACGCCGUAUUUAGACGUGGAGAUCGAAGACGUGGAGGCGAGAAGAGGAGGACGGGUGAAGAGAACCGUUGGAUUGAAUUGCGACGAGGCUACGCAGGAGUCGAGGUGCUGCCGUUACAAACUGACCGUGGAUUUCGAAAAAUUUGGCUGGGACUGGAUCAUCGCCCCAAAAAGAUACGAUGCCAACUACUGUUCCGGUGAUUGUCCGAUGGCGUUUAUGCCGGAGUAUCCGAAUACGCACAUAGUAAGUUUAGCCGAACCGCCGAAUAAUUCUGGUCCAUGUUGCGCCGCCCGUAAAUUAUCCCAAAUAUCGAUGUUGUACUUCGACAGCGAGUACCAAAUAGUGUUCACUAAAAUUCCCGGUAUGGUCGUCGAACGUUGCGGAUGCUCCUAGUCCUCGGAAAUAUAUCGACGCGAGGAAUUUUCAAUUUUCAAUUUUUUUUUUUUUUUCUUUUUUUUCAUCUUCAGACAAAAAUUGAAAAUUUCCAAUCUAGAUGUACAACUGUAUCAUACGUAGAUAUAUAUAUAUAUUAUAAUUAACGAUAAAAGAAAAAUUCACAAACGAAACGGUAAAAAAAAACAACGUUAAAAUCGACAAAAAAAAAUCGAUAAAAUAAUUCGUCAAAUUUUACACGUUCCCAUAAUAUUUCGAUAUACCGAUUUGAAAGAAAAUAAUCGAGAAAAUUGAAAAGAAAAAAAACUAUAAUAAUCAAAAACUAAAAAAAAACUCGAACGAGUAAUAAUCCGAGAAUUGAAAAUCGAUAAACGAAAAUUCGUAUGCACCUUGAAUACCCAAUUUCCAUUCAAUGUCAUUGAUUAGGUAUAAAUCGUACGUGUUUAAUGAGCGUACAUUUAAUUUGUAUUGUCGUAUAAGUGUAUACAUAUAUAGAAAAAAGAUAAAAUUAGAACACGAUUAAAUUAUUAGACGAAGAAAUAGAACGAAAC